AUGUCGAAGACCGCUUCAAGAAGGCUGCUCAAGGAAUACCAACAGUUGAUCAGAGAUCCUCCUCCAGGAAUCCUAGCUGCCCCAAAAUCUGAAUCAAAUUUGUUCCUGUGGGAUUGUUUGAUCCAGGGACCUCCAGAUACACCAUACGAAGGUGGAAUAUUCAACGCAAGACUAGAUUUUCCAAAGGACUACCCUUUAUCACCUCCAAAGCUCACGUUUACGCCCAGUAUCCUACACCCUAAUAUCUAUCACAACGGUGAAGUGUGCAUUUCGAUCCUACACUCGCCAGGUGAUGAUCCCAACAUGUACGAACUCGCAGAAGAGCGUUGGUCCCCCGUUCAGAGUGUAGAGAAGAUCCUGCUCAGUGUGAUGAGUAUGCUCAGCGAACCCAACAUCGAGAGCGGCGCAAACGUUGACGCCUGCAUCCUAUGGAGAGACAACAGGCCUGAAUUCGAAAGACGUGUAAAGACAGCGAUCCUCAAGUCCCUAGGGUUCUAA